UAAAAGUUGCGUUCUAGCUGCUAACAAAAUUGAUAAAGAAGGUGCCGGUAGCAAUGAAACCGACGAACACACGAAGGUGUAUAAUGGUAGAGAAAAGAGUGCGCUUUUGUAGGUUAUCCAAUUGCCGGAACAGAUAAUACCGAUUUGAAUCGUUUUGUGCGUGGCCCCCUAAAAAACAGGACACUCGGUGCCGUUGCCGGGCGAAACAGAAUAUUCUAGAAUGCGUGGUGUCACAGAAAAAGUAGAAAGAAGCAGAAUCGGCAAAAAAUGGCAGCAAGGGGGCCAUUUUCCGUGCGUUCCGUCGUCCGUUUCAAUGGCUCGGGCGCAGCGAGACAACGUUCAGACUGAGAUGGAAAUCCCCGUUCGUCAGUAACAGUCAGCAAGCGGGAAAAGGAAAGAUAGUACGCACGGAAAGGUUGACGUGUUCUUUUUGCAUUGGAGCAGGACUGGCUCUUGGGGAUAGGAAGAAGCUUUUGGUAUAGUUCUAUUUCAAUCGUUGGUGUAGAAAGUUGGGUAUCGUUUUUGCAGGAAAGUCAUCUCUCACGGGGAAUUAAUAUAACAACAAUGAAGUUAUUAACAUUAUCGGCCCUUGUGGUCGCACUGGUCGUGAUGACCUGUUCGGCGGAUGAAAAGAAAGAGAAGGACAAGGAUAUCGGCACGGUGGUCGGUAUUGAUCUCGGCACGACGUACUCCUGCGUCGGUGUGUACAAGAACGGACGUGUAGAAAUUAUUGCCAACGAUCAAGGUAACCGCAUUACUCCCUCCUACGUGGCAUUUACCGCCGAUGGCGAACGUCUCAUCGGUGAUGCCGCCAAAAAUCAGCUGACGACGAACCCUGAAAAUACCGUGUUCGAUGCAAAACGUUUGAUCGGCCGCGAGUUCACCGACCAUACUGUGCAGCACGACAUUAAACUGUUGCCGUUCAAGGUGAUUGAAAAGAACUCGAAACCGCACAUCCGGGUAUCGACCGGCCAGGGUGAUAAGGUGUUCGCGCCGGAAGAAAUCUCCGCCAUGGUGCUGGGCAAGAUGAAGGAAACGGCUGAAGCAUAUCUGGGCAAGAAGGUUACGCACGCUGUCGUCACGGUGCCGGCCUACUUUAACGAUGCCCAGCGUCAGGCGACGAAGGAUGCGGGAACGAUCGCUGGGCUGGUGGUGAUGCGUAUCAUUAACGAACCGACCGCGGCCGCCAUUGCGUACGGUCUGGACAAGAAGGAUGGUGAAAAGAAUGUGCUUGUGUUCGAUCUUGGCGGCGGUACGUUCGAUGUGUCGCUGUUGACGAUUGACAACGGUGUGUUCGAGGUGGUGGCAACGAACGGUGACACCCAUCUGGGCGGUGAAGAUUUCGAUCAGCGCGUCAUGGAUCACUUCAUCAAGAUGUACAAGAAGAAGAAGGGCAAGGACAUUCGCAAGGAUAACCGUGCUGUGCAGAAGCUGCGUCGUGAGGUGGAGAAGGCGAAGCGUGCCCUUUCGGCUAGCCAUCAGGUGCGCAUUGAAAUUGAAUCGUUCUUCGAGGGUGACGAUUUCAGUGAGACGCUCACGCGUGCCAAGUUCGAGGAGCUGAACAUGGAUCUGUUCCGCUCGACGAUGAAACCGGUGCACAAGGUGCUGGAGGAUGCCGACAUGACGAAGAAUGACGUCGACGAGAUCGUGCUGGUCGGUGGAUCGACCCGUAUCCCCAAGGUGCAGCAGCUGGUGAAGGAAUUCUUCAAUGGCAAGGAACCUUCCCGAGGCAUCAAUCCGGACGAAGCCGUGGCUUACGGUGCGGCUGUACAGGCUGGCGUGCUUUCGGGCGAACAGGACACCGAUGCGAUCGUGCUGCUCGACGUUAAUCCACUGACCAUGGGAAUUGAGACGGUCGGUGGUGUGAUGACGAAGCUGAUCCCGCGCAACACUGUCAUCCCGACGAAGAAAUCGCAAAUCUUCUCGACCGCAUCGGACAACCAGCACACCGUAACGAUCCAGGUGUACGAGGGCGAACGUCCGAUGACGAAGGAUAACCAUCUGCUCGGUAAAUUCGAUCUGACCGGCAUUCCGCCGGCACCGCGAGGCAUACCGCAGAUCGAAGUGUCGUUCGAAAUCGACGCGAACGGUAUUCUGCAAGUGUCGGCCGAGGAUAAGGGUACGGGCAACCGGGAGAAGAUUGUCAUCACCAACGAUCAGAACCGUCUGACGCCGGACGAUAUUGAGCGCAUGAUUAAGGAUGCCGAGCGGUUUGCCGAUGACGACAAGAAGCUGAAGGAACGCGUGGAGGCGCGCAACGAAUUGGAAAGCUACGCGUACAGCUUGAAGAAUCAGCUUAGCUCGAAGGAUAAGCUUGGUGCAAGCGUGUCGGACGACGAUAAGGCUAAGAUGGAGGAAGCGAUCGAUGAGAAGAUCAAGUGGCUGGACGAAAACCAGGAUACGGAAGCGGAAGAGUACAAGAAGCAGAAGAAGGAGCUGGAAGACAUUGUGCAGCCGAUCAUUGCCAAGCUGUACGCCAGCAGUGGCGGUGCUCCACCACCGACGGCCGGCGGAGACGAUGACGAUGAGCUGAAGGAUGAGCUGUAAGUGAAUGUUUUGGUUUUUUUGUUUCCCGACCCUUGGAAAAGGGCGCCACCUUCCAUAAUGUCAUACAACAACAACAACAACAACAAACAAAGCAUUCGACGGAGAGAAAUGCAAAUUAAGUCGCCUUUCACUCAUUGUCCUUUUUUGGGAGGAGGGAUGGUUUUGUGAUUAUGCAUUGAGGAAAAGCCCGCUGAUCAUACGCGAGAUCAUUGUGUACCUCGUUGGGAGGAUUAAUGUCAAACAAUCUAAGUAGUCGUCAAAACGACCGCUCCAUUACAAAACUCUUGUCGUCACAGUGAAGGAAGUGGUGAAGUUGUGUGCGCACUUUUCCGGACGCAGUGCGUUACGUGAAGGCGUUGGUGGAACGUUACAUUUUCGGAGUCUCAUCUUAUUUUCUAGAUGAGUGAUACUCACCCCACAAAAAGGAAAAAGAUACACAAACACACCACACAUACACACACACAUAUAUAAAACGGAAGAUGUCCAGAGAGUUUGUGGUUCAAGUUAAAUAGAAGAUAGAAAAGCACACGGUAGAAUUACGCGGGUUUUUUUUUCGUUAGUUUUUUGUUUGUUUUUGUUUCUCAAUUACGUCCGUGCAGCAACAGCAGAUAUGAUGUAGUAGUGUAGGUGUGUGUGUGUGUGUGUUGGUAAAAAUGAAUCGUUUGCAGACUUUUAUUAUUUAUUGAGCAAGAGAAGUGCAGAAACCGUAAAGAUAUAAUACUUACAACAAUAGCAGAAGACCAGAAGCGGCUCGAGUUAGUAAAACAAAGGAAUAGGUCAAUAGGGCCGAGGGUGAUGAGAAUAUGAGGGAUGGUGUGCGUAAGGAUAUAUAUUCUCGUACCGAGACCAGAGAUCGUGUUUCUUAUUACGUUAGUUCUAAUUCGUUCCAUUCGUGUGCACUAGAUGUGUGCAGUAAUAGGUGGAACGUGAAGAGGACGGUGUUGGCGGUGAUAUGAUGUUGGGUGGUGUAAAACAUUCUCCCCCACCCCUUCUCCACUAUUAUCUUCGGCACCGUCCUUUUUCGUGUUCCCUUACCCAGAGCGAGAAAUGAUGCAAACGAAUGCAAACCACGGAAACAUCCUUAAAUCGACUUUAAUCCUUAUCAGUUUUACCUUAAAAAAGAAUCUUUGUUUCGUUUGUUUGUUUUUUUUACCAUUCCUGAGAUACUUCUGUUAUUUUGUUAUGUAUAAAACAAACAAAGCCUGUCCUCUAACUGCCAGAUAGUGAGAGAAAGGAAUUCCCUAACUAAGGACUCUGCGGUGGAAUAGAAAGGGAUACACAUGUGCGAUUUCAAGAUGCUUUAAUUUCGAUAAUAUCGUGUACCUAUCGCGCGGCACGUUGUUCAUAAGACGUCGACGUGCUACAAUUCCGUUUCAGUUCGUUUCAUUAUUUCUCGUCCAUCGACUGAACCUAAUGUAAGGAAGAGAAAAAUAAAAGAAACAAGAUGAUACUAAAA